AUGUUUAAUGAUAUUGAAAGUGGAUUAUACGAUAUGCUUAUUAUACUAGACGAGAUUCUGGACAGAACGAUACUUCGCAAAGGACUUCCUUCUGCCCAUAUGGUCUAUGGAAUUCCGCUAACGGUACAUGCCACAGAACAAAAGAUGUUUCUAAUAAUGAAAAAUAUACUCUGCUAUGCGAAAAUCAGGGAGGACAUCGCUAUUGAUGAUUUUAUUACUUUGGGUAUUAGAUUCUUCACUGGACAAGGACUAGAAAUCUAUUAUAGAGACAUUCAACAAUGUCCUACUUUUAACGAUUUUAGAGUACUAAUUCGUGCUAAAUGUGCACGCGGGGUGCCGUGA